AUGAGGAUCCUUACUGAAAGCCUUCAUUUCUACUUAAUCUCUUUCUUAUUCAGUGGAGCAAAUGGAUUCCUCACUCCAAGAACACCUACAGCCUAUGCCUUCCCAUUUUGUAACUACUCCUAUCUAAAUCUCUCUUCUGUAUCAGAAGCACAAGCUCCAAAAACUGCAAGAGCUCUCAACUUCUCACACAACUUGAUUGAAAAAAUAACCAAGAGAGACUUGGAAGGUUUUGACGCGCUGGAAGUUUUAGACCUCUCCUACAACCUGAUUAAGGACGUUGAAAGUGGUGCAUUGGAGAGUCUGUUCAGCCUGGUUUCUGUCAAUUUAUCAUUUAACGAUAAGAAACUUCACGUAUCAGAUCUUCCACCCUACCUGAAGCUCUUACCCACUAGCAAAGCCUCAGGGUCUUUGCAGCUUUAUAAGUAUUUUGAGAAAUCCUCAGAGGCUGCUCUGGAGCCUCUUGCAUCCGCCAAAAAGCUGCCGCAUUCCAGAGGUCGACCUCUCCUGCAAAAUGUUAAUUCGAGGCUCAGACGAAGUACAGAGAACCUUCUGCGAAAAGCAGAGAAAAAUGCGACAGUUGCUCCAAGAGCCACAUUAAGGCCUAAUUUCUGCGGAGCACCAAUAAAUGGGAAACUCGAUCUGUCAUACAGCAAACUCUCCGAGGAAGAGCUGGAAAUAAAACUGAAUCCGAAUUUCUGCCAAGCUGAGCUCGACAGUAUUCUGGAGCUUGACAUUAGUCACAGCGACCUGGAAAUGGAUCUUCUGUCUCUGUUCAUCUUGUUUUUGCCAAUGAAAAACGUGCAGUGGAUUGAUGCCAGUCACAACAAAUUAAAAAUUAACGAUCAAGAUGUUGAGGCGAUCUGUAAAUUCCCAUUCAGCAUGUUUUUCUUUUUAAAUAUUAGCAACAAUCCCAUAAACAGCUUGGAUAAUCUGUGCCUCCCUUCAACCAUCAGGGUAAUUGAUUUGUCCUUCACCAAUAUAAGCCAAAUACCCCAAAAUUUUGCUAGGAAGUUGUUUAACUUGGAAAACAUGUACGUUCAAGGAAACCACUUCAUAUACACAGCACGUCCUGAAGCAUCUCAGAACCUUUCCUCUGGAGCUGUAACAAUUAAUGCCAUUUCACUUGUGAGGAAUGAGGCUGGCACACCCAUUGAAAGUCUUCCAAGGAAAGUGAAACACCUGAAGAUGUCCAACUGCUCUAUCGUGGAACUGCCGGAGUGGUUUGCUGACACAAUGGAAGAAUUGCUAUUUUUGGAUCUCAGCAGCAACCCAAUUUCUGUGCUUCCUCACUUGCCUACCACCCUGCAGCAUCUCGACAUAAGCAACAGCGACAUUAAGACGAUACCCCCUAGUUUUAAGUCCAUCUCCAACUUAACAAUAUUUAAUAUUCAGAAUAAUAAAAUUACAGAUAUGCAUCCCGAGUAUUUCCCAUUGACUUUAACAAAAUGUGAUAUUAGUAAAAACAAGUUGAACAUGUUGUCAUUAACUGAUGUCCUGGAGAAACUCGAGUAUCUUAAUAUUUCUGGAAACAUGAUCACCAGACUGGAACCCACCAGCAACCUUUCUGCACUUACUAACCUGGAUGGUAGUCACAAUCAAAUUUCAGAACUCCCUGAUUACUUUGGGAAAUCUCUUUCAACACUGAAAUAUUUUAAUUUGUCAGGGAAUAAGAUCUCCUUUCUGCAGCGUGGCUCUCUCCCAGCUUCUCUGAUUGAGUUAGACAUUAGCGACAAUGCUAUUUCCACCAUUGUGGAGGACACUUUUGGCCAGUUAACAAGCCUGCGCGUUUUGACCCUUCAAGGGAAACAUUUUUUUUGUAACUGUGACUUGUACUGGUUCGUGAAUGUCUACACCCGCAACCCCCACUUGCAGAUAAACGGCAAAGGAAAUCUCAAGUGCAGCUUUCCACCACACAGGCGGGGCUCCUUGGUGGAAAGCAGUAACCUCACACUUCUGCACUGCUCCCUGGGCAUCCAGAUGGCCAUCACCGCUUGCAUCGCCAUCCUGGUUGCUCUGGCGUUGGCAGGCUUAUGCUGGCGGUUUGACGGGCUGUGGUACGUGAGGAUGGGUUGGUACUGGUGUAUGGCGAAGAGGAAGCAGUACGAGAAGAGGCCAGAAAACAAGCCCUUUGACGCCUUCAUUUCGUACAGCGAGCACGACGCAAACUGGACGAAAGAGAAUCUACUGCAGAAGCUGGAGAUGGAAGGAUUCAAGAUAUGUUACCACGAGAGGGAUUUCAAACCAGGGCAUCCCGUACUUGGUAACAUUUUUUACUGCAUAGAGAACAGCCAUAAAGUCCUUUUUGUUCUCUCUCCCAGUUUUGUGAACAGCUGCUGGUGUCAGUAUGAGCUGUAUUUUGCCGAACAUCGGGUCCUGAACGAAAACCAGGAUUCCCUCAUCAUGAUUGUGCUGGAAGACCUCCCACCUGACAGCGUCCCACAGAAGUUCAGCAAACUCAGAAAACUGCUCAAAAGGAAAACCUACUUAAAGUGGAGCCCGGAGGAACACAAACAGAAAAUGUUCUGGCGUCAGCUAGCAGCUGUCUUAAAAACAACCAACGAACCUCUUGUGAAAGCAGAAAAUGGAGCUGCUCAGGAUAUGUAUGAGAUGAAAUGAGAUACAGGAAUGCGUAAAGGUUGUGCUGCAAAGUCUGCUGUCAAAUAAAA